AUGCGCCGCCGGUCGGCCCUGACCUUAACAUGGUUCUGCGCCAUUGUUGUGUUGCUGGUGCUCUGCUUCCAUCUCUACGGACACGGGUAUGGGCUCGAACGCGGUGGAUUGAUUGACUCAGUGCUGGACACGGGUAAGCACAAAGCAUCGGCGCCGGACGCUGACAACGACAACGCCGAUUCAGCGGCUAGGACUCAGGCUGAGAUUGCGGCGACAGACAUGCCCACUGCAAUCAAACCUAGCGGCGCUUCCGCGGCAGAGCCCGCUGUCGUCCUUCGCCAGGGCACCUACGUCGGCACUACACUGCUGGCGUCGCCUCGCUUUCCCAAGUCCAUCGAGGCCUUCCGCGGGGUGCCAUACGCCCAGGACACUGGCGGCGAGAACCGCUUCCGCCCGCCGCAACCACUGUCGGAGUCCAGGGAAACGUUCGAGGCAGUGUCAUGGGGCAAGAUAUGCCCCAACAACGGCGGCGUGGUACAGCGCAACAUGAGCGAAAACUGCCUGAAUGCCAACAUCUACCGCCCUGCUGGACUUGUCGAUAGGCACGGCUAUGAGAAGACAAAGGACGGGAAGAGAUCGAAGAAGAGACCUCGCCUGCCUGUCAUUGUCUACAUCCACGGCGGCGGCUUCAACACCGGCCACGGCAUCGAGCGCAACAUGGCCAGCUUUGCCGCCUGGGCCAAGGCUCCCAUGGUUGCUAUUAACUUCAACUACCGUGUCGGCCCCCUUGGCUUCCUCCCGUCCGACGUGGCAGCCCGAGCGGGGUUGUUGAACCUGGGGCUGCGGGACCAGCAGAUGCUGCUGGAAUGGGUGCAGGAAAACAUCGAGGCCUUCGGCGGCGAUCCCAAGAAGGUGACCAUUGUGGGUCUCAGUGCAGGCGCGCAUUCGAUCGGCCACCACAUCAUGUACUAUUCCCGCUCGUCCACCAAGGCUCCCUUCGUCAAGGCCAUCCUCGAGUCCGGCGCUACCACGGCCCGCGCAGUCCUUUACCCGACCCAUCCUCGCCACCUCGUCCAAUUCCGUGAGUUCCUCGUUGCCGCGGGCGCCGCCGGUGUCCCGGAAGCCGAUGUCUUCUCGCACCUUCGUAGGCUCCCGCUUGAGACCAUUGUGCGCGCCGCAAAGGUCGUCUGGGACAAGUACGUCAACAGCGUAACCUGGCCCUUCCAGCCCGUUAUCGAUGGGCCGAAUCCCUUUGCAAAUUCAAGUCAUACACCCCACACCAGACCCUCCUUGAUUCCCGACCUUCCCAUCAAGUCCUGGCACUCCCGCUCCCAUCUCCGCAUCCCCAUUAUCACUGGCUACAACACCAACGAAGGCACCGUCUUCAUACCGCCCCGCGCAAACACAGCCGCCGAGUUUCGUGCCUUCUUCCAAGGUCUCAUCCCCUCCCUCACCCAGUCCGAUCUCGACAAGCUCGAGUCCCUUUACCCGGACCCGGUGUCGCACCCCUCCUCCAGCCCGUACGUGAACGUACCCCGCGGCAUGGGCAAGCAGUGGGCGCGCCUCGACGCGGCAUACUCGCAUUACGCCUACAUCUGCCCCGUGCUGCAGACGGCGCAUCACAUGUCCGCGUCCGGUGUGGCAGACGUGUAUGUGUACCGAUACGCGGCGACGGCGGCGUUCGGCAGCGCAAACCACGGCGACGAGGCGCCGGUCGUGGCGCACGAUAUGGAAGAGCUUGGGAACGGCAGGGACGGGCUGCGGGAGGUGGCGGAUGCCAUGCAUGGCAAGUGGGCGAGGUUCGUCAGCAGCGCGUUGAACACGCCCAAUAACGAAGACGGCGACGAGGAUGGAGAUGGGAAGGGGGUGCAAUGGCCUGCCUUUGUCUCGCCCUUGGCUGCGGAGGGGCAAAAGAAGGGGUCCGGGAAGAUCAUGGUGUUUGGCGAGGGGAAUGAUGAGCGCGGUGGGGGGGAGAAUAAGGGUGUGCCGGCUAAGGUGGUGGAGAUGACUGAGCGGGAGAAGGAGGCGUGUCGGUUCUGGUGGGAGAGGGUGUGGUUGAGUCAGGGGCUGGGAAAGAGGGCUGGUGUGGUCAAGGCUGAGGCUAGGUUGUAG